AUGGAAACCUUGAUCAUUCCUCCUUGUCUAUUUCUUUGUCCCGCUGAAUGUCGAGUCCGGGGAUCUGUGCGCUUUCGCGAUGUUUGGGCCGGUGGUUUUGGCACUCUGGCUCAAUGCGCUUCAAGUGGCGCAAUCUAUGCCUGUGGCCUAAACAAUUACGGCCAACUAGCGUUAAAGCCAUCUCUUUCCUCAACCGAUUCUCCUGCUGAAACGAAGAGUAGCAAGAUUCAGACCACAAGUGAUGGUAAUUUGCAUAAUGCCGCCUCUCGAUCCUCGUCUCCGGAAACAGGCUCUGUUGGGCAUUUACAACUCGGACUUGAGGGCGGGGCAUUGAAAGGGACGAUUGGUUUGCUUUCGAAAACUACGGAACAAGCUGCUGAGGAGGCUGCUUUGGUAGCUCGCCAGGGUCCUCUCGUCCAGUUCAUGUUGACUCGUGCCGAGGGCUUUGUAUCACAACUUGGUUGGCGUCAGUUUGCACUCAGCAUGCAUCACACUCUUGGUUUGGAUCAAAAU